ACCUUUGGCUGCACAUAACAUACCCUGAACAGAAACAGCAUAACGCAGACACUCUAUCGUCCGUCAUUGUUAUUUUGUUUUAUCUUUUGACGCAAUCUGUGACCGUUCGAGUUAUUCGAGGUCACCCUUUUAUAUGGUCGUUGAUAAAAAUGGCUUCGACCCUUUUCUCAAAGAUGCUUUCGGGUCAUCGAUUGAUCCACCACUCGUCGUUCCUCACUCAGCAGCCACAGUUUCUCUCUUCCUUAUUCAGUAAACGGCUGUUUUGUAUACAAACUGUCCCGGUCCCAGUUUCUACAUCCCAAAACAGCAAAACAACUUGUUGGGUUCCUUGUAUGGCUUCUUCCUCAGUUGGUAGAAGAGCUACAUAUUCUACAAAAUCUGUAUCAACAAAUGAGCCAGUUGUUUCUGUUGAUUGGCUUUAUGAUAACCUGAAGUUGCCAGAUAUCAAGGUACUGGAUGCUUCAUGGUACAUGCCAGAUGAGCAGAGGAAUCCAAUUCAAGAAUAUCAGGUUGCUCACAUUCCGGGUGCCCUUUUCUUUGACGUGGAUGGAAUAGCAGAUCGUACUACAAAGUUACCACACAUGCUGCCAUCUGAGGAAGCUUUUGCUGCUGCUGUUUCUGCCCUUGGCAUAGAGAACAAAGAUGACUUGGUUGUUUAUGAUGGAAAAGGGUUAUUUAGUGCAGCCCGUGUUUGGUGGAUGUUCCGAGUAUUUGGGCAUGACAGAGUUUGGGUGUUAGAUGGUGGCCUGCCAAGAUGGCGUGCAUCAGGUUAUGAUGUUGAAUCUAGUGCUUCAAGUGAUGCUAUUCUUAAAGCCAGUGCUGCAAGUGAGGCCAUCGAGAAAGUAUACAAGGGACAAACAGUUGGCCCACUCACAUUCCAGACUAAAUUUCGGCCACAUCUUGUUUGGAACCUUGAUCAGGUAAAGAAAAAUAUAGAGGACAAAACUCACCAACACAUAGAUGCUCGAUCAAAGCCCAGGUUUGAUGGAGCUGUUCCAGAGCCUCGAAAGGGAAUCAGAAGUGGUCAUGUACCUGGCAGCAAAUGCAUUCCUUUUGGCCAGCUGUUAGAUAGUUCAUAUACAUUGUUACCGGCAAAUGAGCUGAAGAAGCGAUUUGAACAAGAAGGCAUCUCUCUCGAUAGCCCUGCUGUUACUUCAUGUGGAACAGGCGUAACUGCCUGCAUUCUUGCAUUGGGUCUGCAUCGUCUUGAAAAGUUUGAUGUUGCAGUUUAUGAUGGAUCUUGGACUGAAUGGGGAGCUCAAGCUGAUACACCUGUUGAGGUUUCAUAAAUCAAUACUGAUAGAUUUUCAUGCUACCAAAAAGCAUCUGCAAGUGAAGGGGAAUAUCCAAUUGUCAAACAUCUUUGGAUGUCAAAAUUUCUCUGCUACACUGUUUGUUGUGGUUGAAUUGCCAAUGGUUUCCAUGUCUAAUGUUAAAUCCUAUCACGUGGCUUUUGUGAAAAUAAGGAUAGGAUUUCUCAAGAAAGCCUCAGAAGUGGGAGUUUGUUGGGUAUGCUAAAAAUUACAAAUAAUAUAUUCGGAUAACAUCACUUCCAUAAAUUUUUCUUUA